GGUAAGGCUUAGCGAGCAAAAUACCCAAAGUAGUUCGUAACAUUGGCUCCAUUCUGCUUACUGCGAACAGUCAUCAUCGUGAAGAUUACUACGCUGGCAGGUUGCACGAGAGUGACGUGAUCAGUAUGAAAAGCAAAGCAAGGUGCACAAGCACAUCUGAGGUGGUCGUUGCAAAUUACAGCUUUUCAAUCUCGCCGUCGCCGAGUAAUUGUGAUAGCGAGACUCGCCAAGUAUCGAAUGACACAAAGAAUGGGCGAAGGCGGAUUUUGCCUACAAAACCCUCAAAUUCCGAUAUGAAAACGAGAGAAACUGCAACUAGGCCAUCCUUCAAUUUUCCGUCAGCGCGAAUGAAGUGUCAAAAUCCUUGGGAUGAGUGUGGCCCAGCUUUUGACUUUGAACUCGAAUGCUCCGGAAACGGCUACGGCGUAUCAUCUGAUAAUAGCCGGAAAGAGAGCAAUGGAUCGCUUCCUGACACUUCCGGAUCUGUCUCUACGCACAUACCUUCGAGCAGUGAAGAAUGGGAAUCACGGCAUUGGAGCGGAGAAAACCACAGACAAGAGCUUUUCCAUAAUAAGCAGAGCUAUGAAGUUCAAUGUGACGGCUUCAAAACUUCUUCUUCGGACGCAAAAGAAUCUUAUUAUAGCGACCGAAGAUGCUUAAUCCGGUGUUCUAGCAGCAGCUCAGAAGAGAGCUCGUUCUCGCCAAGUCUGCGAAGCUCUUUUGAUGGAACUGCAAAUGCGUCUCUUGAUUCUCCCAUGGAAACCAUGUCGGAGUCUGAGGACAGCUCUUAUAGUUCAUCCUCUUCCCUAUUUUUUUCCUCAGGUCGAGAGAGUAAAAGCAACAAAACUAAGAAGCACGUUAUUGCCGGAACUAACGCGAGUGAUUGUUUUUCAGCCGGAGCCUUGUUCUCGAAUCACGUGAACAUGAAUGAUGUUGGAAUCAUGGAGCAGAGAGGCAGUAAUGGCGAGGCAAUCCCGCUUGCAACGCUUUCUAAUGUGCAUGGCUCAAAAACAUCUAGAGAAUGCGGCUAUCAGCGAACAGGACAGCAAGGAAGUGAACAAAUUGUGCUGUCGUACUCGCAAACUGCUACACGAUCGCUACCUAAAGGUGGAUGUCAGCGCAGCAAAGUUGUUCUCGCAGCAAAAAAAGAACCUGCUUAUCGCGAGGGAAAAGAACAGAUUCGUCUUUUGACCAACUUUUGGGAGCUAAAAGUCAACAACAAGAUAGUCUAUCGCUACGAUGUUUCCAUAUAUUUUGGAUACUCAACAAACGAGCGAGCUAUAAACAUCUUGCGCGGCUUUCGAGAUGAUGGCGCACUUGUUGCUCGGCGAAAGCUGUGCACAGACGCUGUUCAUUAUGCUUUCGAGCACUUUCAAAUUCUUCACGAUGGCUCCGCUGUUGCUUAUGACGGAAGUGCUAUGUUAUUCGCAUCUGAAAAUUUGAAUGAAGCGCUGGAAAAGGGAAUGCAUUAUGAACAAUGGGCUCUCAUCACCCUGGAUGAGCCAGAACUUCCAUUUGACUCUGCUGGCAUUUUUGAGUGUUAUCUUGUAAAGCUCGCACUGCUUUAUCAAAUGAUACUAUACUCGCUUUUUAAUGUUCUUCCAGUUGCGAGCAGUCGUAUGCUGCUUAUUCGCUGCUCCUUAUUUGUCGGUGAAGACGAUCUAUGCAAGUAUUCAAUAACUAACGGAAUACUCAGCGUCAAAGUUGAAGAACUCAACUACAAAUUUUACGACUUCUUCAAAGAGGAAGUGAAGCGAAAUCUAAAUGCGAUAACUAUAGAAAUCGUCCCCUGUCGUGAUGCAGCUUCUUCUUUCGACAUGGCAGAUCUAUCAGCACAAAGCAAUCGUGACUGGGCGACUAUUGAUCGCUCCUGGAAGCAGUUCUACGAGCUUGUAACUAGUCAGGACGCUAUACUAAGUGGGAAAUUCACGCUUUUUGGAACAAGGUCGUUAUUUUACUGUCAGUCACCAUUAGAGCAGAUUGGCUACGGUUAUGAGACAUUUCGUGGUGCCCAUAAAGGGAUAAAGUUCAUCGAAGGAAGCAGACCGGACGUCACCGAUGUCGUUGCUGCAUUGGUUUUAGACUAUCGUGUUGGUGUUUUCUACAAAGCCCAAAAUGUUAGGGCAAGUGUCCGUGAAAUAGAGUUUUUACGAGAUGUUGAGAUAUUCGAUUUUUCUCGAGAUACGAAUGGUCGUAUGAAUGCAAAGUGGUCUGAACUCGACUUUUAUCUAAAAGGGGUUCGGAUGAACUACUUCGGCUACGGAAAAGAUAUCAGUUUUGUUGCAAGUGGCAUUAGUAAAGAACCUAUCAGACACCUCAAGGAAACGUUGUCGGAAGACGAAAAGACUCUCGUCCCUCUUAUGUACAAAUUUGUCCACACGAAUGUGUCUAUAAAUCCAGACUGGCCUGCUAUUAGUGAACAUCAGCGAGUGGGACGGGAGAAACUUCUUCUACAGAAAACGGCGAGUUCUGAGAUUAUAAGAGCAUUGAAUCUUCACGAUAGUGGAUCCAAGAACAGAUUUCUUCUUGCAUUUGGUAUUAGUGUGGCUAGCAAGCCGAAGGAGUUGUUGGGAAUCAGAAGACAACCACCUUCUCUUUUUUUCGCCAAUCGUAGAGACUGCGCUAUAAAUCUGACUAAGCAUAACUGGCGUUUACAAAGCCAAAAAUUUAUACGUGGUGGCAGUGUCGAUUGUAUUAUCAUUGUUCACAGUGAUCCCACAAGAAGAUUGCCACGAAUCGUUAGAGACGUAUUGAGUACAUCGUUCGAACAACGUGGAAUAAUUUGCCAGCGCUUUGAAGCGGAACUGCUGAGUUACAGCAGUAGCCAAGAGAAGGAACAAAGUUUGGAGGAGAUAUUCAAGAGGAACAGAUCGUCAGAAGAGUCGCUGUUAUUUGUGUUAAUUGAUCAACUGGAAAACAAAUCGCAUGGUUUUCUGAAGUUGAUGGAGAGAAAGUACUUGAUUGCCACUCAACAAAUUACUUCUGAACUAGUAGAAAGAUUGCCAAGGCAGUCGCAGUCGUGUCUGUAUUUUAUCUCGAAAAUGAAUCUCAAACUGGGAGGAUUUAACUAUGCCAUCGUACCGGAGUCAUUCGCGCGGAACCGCUGGAUCGCUAGUGGAGAUACACUAGUUCUUGGAUACGAUGUAUCUCAUCCAGUAAAGCAGUCUAAAGAAGAGAUAUUGAGCCGUAGUCCCCCUCAAAAACCAAGCGUAGUCGGGUUUUCCUUUAAUGGCGCUACAGAUCCAGAAUGUUUCAUCGGAGAUUAUCACUUCCAAACUCCUAGGAAGGAAAGGGUGGAAAGCACUGUGCUGAAUGCCCGAAUGAAGUGGAUGCUGAGUUUGUAUUGCCAGCAUCGAGGGAGGUGGCCAAGCAAAAUUGUGAUCACCAGAGAUGGUGUAUCUGAGGGACAGUACCGAAUGGUUGUUGAAGAAGAACUGAGUGCUAUCAAAGAAGCCUGUGAAGAGUUCGGCUUGCUACAUGGCGACAAUUCGUGGAUGCCACUGUUCACAGUCAUUAUCGCGACAAAACGUCAUCAUGCACGCUUUUUUGUGCAGAGUGGUCAUGGUGCGGAAAAUCCGAAACCAGGCACAGUGGUAGACACAGAAGUGGUUCGUAAUGAUAUCACGGAAUUUUAUAUGCAAUCAAGUCAACCACUAAAGGGGACUGCAAAACCAACCUCUUAUCAAGUACUCGUUGAUGAGAACGACAUGGGCUCGGAUGAGCUGCAGUCACUUUUGCUUGCAUUGACUUUUCAUCAUCAAAUCUGCGAUUCUCCGGUGUCGCUCCCAGAGCCUGUCUAUCAGGCCGAUGAGUGGGCGAAACGCGGCAAAGAUAUCUGGAAAGCAUAUACUGAUCGUCAUAACCCGAUACUAGCCAAGGAGUACGGCGCAUAUUCUGCUUACCCUAUCGACUUUGAGGCAAUGACAAAAAGACUGGCUUUUUGGAACACAAGACUGGAGGCCCGUCGUGUCAACGCCUAGAUAAAUGUGUUACUUAACGAACUGCGGUAGUUUAUUCACUACUUAUCGCAACAUGUAAUUGGCAUCGUAACAAAUUAAUCUCAGUUAUUAUCUGCAUGUAAGAAAAGCGAAUAUUGUUCAAAUGAGUGAAGUAAGUGUUGCUACAAAUGACUAUAGUUUAGAGUUUCGCUUAGCUGAAAUACUACGAUAUAUAUUGUUGCUAUUAUUGAAUAUAAUAUCUGCACUUCAUCUCUAUAAAUCCACUGGUGGAGGUGCUAUUCUGUUUCUGUUUAGGAAGAAGUGAUAUAAUCUUACGCGUUUACUGUUCCUCUAAAAUCUCGUCUAAUUGUUUCCUUCAUUGUUCAACUAAGAUACUUCUCUUGUGAAUGUAGAUUCAUAAUGUGAGUUGUCUUUGUCACAGAUAAAGGAAGGUAUGCCAUGCGUUCCAGCGUUUUUCCCGUAGGUACUGAAGCCUCGCAUGCCUCUCGCGCUUCUUAGUCGUCCUUGGUGCGCUCUCAAAGCAUUCAGACCUCGCACUCGUAUUACUCACCGCAACGCGCCUAUUUGCUGCCUUUGAAGCGUUGGCACGAGUGCUCAAAUUUAUGCUUUGAGAACUGGAAAAUUUUUCAUCGGAUGAAAGCUUGAUAGGUGACCUUCGACCUCAAACCUCUAUUGUUGAGUGUCUGCCGUAGCUUGAUUUCUCAUUUAAUAGUCCUUUCAUCAAUAUAUUAAUAUUUAUCAAUACAGUGAAGUAAAACAAUCUUGCC